AUGUGCAGUGGUCCUGACAAAUCAAAAUCUCGUUCAACUUCUUCAUCUUCAUCUGUGGAAGAAGCUUGCUUGAAUUUGCUUCUAACAAUGAUUUUGAAGAAUUUAAGAACCCCUUUAAUGGUGGCUGCAUCCUAUGGAAGCAUUGAUAUUCUUAAGCUUGUACUCUCAUGUCCAGAGGCUGAUGUAAAUUUUGCUUGCGGUAAUGAUAAAAGCACUGCUCUUCACUGUGCUGCUUCAGGUGGUUCGGUUAAUGCAGUUGAAGCUGUUAAACUGCUUUUAUCCGCUGGUGCGAAUAUCAACUGCAUGGAUGCUAAUGGGAACCGUCCAGUUGAUGUUAUUGUUGUUCCACCUAAGCCUGAAGGUGUGAAAACAAUUCUUGAAGAACUACUCGCUGAUAGUGAUUCUGACAGCUCUGUUGAUGGUUGUUCUCUUCCACUGUCUGUUAAUUCAUCAAGUCCUCGUUCAGCUGCCCCUUUAUCGUCAACUGAAAAUGGAUCUCCAUCCUCUCCCGUGGCUACAAAGUUUUCUGAUGCAGCUGUUAACUCGGCCUCAGAAAAAAAGGAAUAUCCAAUCGAUCCAUCACUUCCUGAUAUAAAAAACAGCAUAUAUGCCACGGAUGAAUUUCGCAUGUUUUCUUUCAAGGUUCGCCCUUGUUCCCGUGCAUAUUCUCAUGAUUGGACUGAGUGUCCUUUUGUUCAUCCUGGAGAGAAUGCUAGAAGGAGAGACCCCAGAAAGUUUCAUUACAGCUGUGUGCCAUGCCCUGAUUUUAGAAAAGGGGCUUGCAGACGCGGGGAUAUGUGUGAAUAUGCUCACGGAGUAUUCGAGUGCUGGCUACACCCUGCUCAGUAUCGGACAAGGCUCUGCAAAGAUGGUACUAGUUGUAACCGAAGGGUGUGCUUUUUCGCUCACUUACCUGAAGAGCUGCGUCCUUUGUAUGUGUCCACUGGAUCUGCUGUGCCUUCACCCCGGUCAGCUGCAUCUGCCCCUAAUGUCAUGGACAUGGCUGCUGCUAUGAGCCUUUUUCCUGGUUCACCAUCAUCAAUGUCUCCUAUGUCUCCAUCUCCCUUUGCACAGCCAAUAUCUCCAUCUGGAAAUGGCAUCUCUCACUCAAAUAAUCCUUGGCCACAGCCAAAUGUGCCUGCACUUCACUUACCUGGAAGCAAUAUUCAAACUAGUCGUUUGAGAUCUUCUCUUUGUGCCCGAGAUAUGCCACUUGAAGACUUCAACAAUAUGAUGCAAGACUUCGAUGGUCAGCAGCACAUACUAAAUGACAUUAACUGCUUCUCACAGCCUCGUCUUGGUGCUAUAUCAGUGAGUCGAUCUGGUCGGUCUAAAACACUAACUCCAUCAAAUCUUGAGGAUCUAUUUUCUGCUGAAGUUUCUUCAUCUCCUCGGUAUUCUGACCCAGCAGCAGCUUCUGUAUUUUCCCCAACACACAAAUCCGCUGUCUUCAACCAGUUUCAACAGCUCCAAAGUUCACUAUCACCCAUAAAUACAAAUGUCAUGUCACCUAAGAAUGUUGAGCAUCCUCUAUUCCACCAGGCUUCAUAUGGUGUCUCUUCUCCUGGAAGGAUGUCACCAAGAAGCAUGGAACCCCUCUCUCCAAUGAAUUCUCGAUUGUCCGCAUUUGCUCAGCGUGAGAAACAGCAGCAACAGAUGCGGAGCCUCAGUUCAAGAGAACUUGGUGCUAACAAUCCCGUCUCGGCUGUCGGAUCUCCAGUUAACUCCUGGUCUAAGUGGGGAUCCCCUAAUGGAAAAGCAGAUUGGUCAGUAAAUGGAAACGACUUUGGUCGAUCUCAAAGAUCCACACCAUUCGAGCAUGGAAACAACGGAGAAGAGCCUGAUCUAUCUUGGGUCCAAUCUCUUGUCAAGGAAUCUCCACCCGAGAUAAAAGAGAAACUUGCAGUUUCUGGCCCUAUUGCAUCUGCUGAACUGAAACCCAAUCCUCAAGGAGAGUCUAUCGAUCAUUCAGUUUUAGGAGCUUGGCUGGAGCAAAUGCAGCUGGAUCAACUUGUAGUCUAG